AUGACUCCCUAUCGUCACUCUUCGCCGCCGCCAUCCUGGCCCACGUCCCUCCAUCGAACUUCUAGCUCUCGCGAAGACAUCCUCCCUGCAUCUGGCCCACUCCAUCCACAACAACACCCCUCUUCGCUUUCCAUCCACCAAAACACACCUGCCCAAUCAGAAUCAAGACAAUUCAAGCGCGAACAACUGCAACCACCACCUCCACCACCACCCCCGCCACCACCCGCUCCACCACAAUCUCAAAAGGACAGCGAUGACAACAUGCCAGCGACGAGCGACUUCGUCAAGAAACUGUACAAGAUGCUUGAGGAUCAAUCCUUCUCACACGUGGUAUCAUGGGGUCCAAACGGUGAUUGCUUUGUCGUAAAGGACAUGAACGAAUUCACGAAAUCAAUCCUCCCUCGCAUGUUUAAACACUCUAAUUUUGCCUCGUUUGUCAGGCAACUAAACAAAUACGACUUCCACAAGGUCAAAAAUACCGACGACACCCAAUUUGGUGAACACUCAUGGACAUUCCGACAUCCCGACUUCCACGCUGACCGGCGAGAAGCCUUGGAAAACAUAAAACGCAAGGUCCCUGCAGCCCGUAAACCAGCACAAUUAGGGUCCGGUAUCGGACCCUCUACGCUAGGUCGGUUGCAGCAGCAAGUUGCGGCGCUGCAGUCUCAGAACGACUCUCUAAGGACACAGCUGUGUAGGUCAGAGGAUCGAGUGAGAGGUUUGGAAAGGUGUUACAAGGACGUGCUUGGAGAAAUGGUUCAUUUCCAGAGGAAUCUUGCUCAGCAGGAUGGUUUGAUGCAGAGUCUAGUGCAAUAUUUUCUGCGUGCGGAAGGCGGUGAGUCUCCUUACUUUUUUGGACACAGUAUGACUCCCAACACGCAUCCACCUCCGUCCAUGUUCGGCAUGUCAACGAAAAUAUCGACCACGGCGGCUGCGAUGUCAGCGACGUUGCUGGCUUCGCAACAACAGCCGCAGCCAAGUCCGUUUUUGCAGCCGCUCACUGCGUCUCAUUCGCAACACAUGCUCGGAUCCCAUGGACAUGGACAUGGACCGCAUGGACCGCCCACGACGUCUGCGUCGUCAUCGACACUUUUUCGGGCACUAUCAAGAAGUCAGGCGCAAGCACAAGCACAGGCACAAGCGCAAUCCCAAUCCCCGUCUCCAUCAGUUUCACAAGCACAAGGUCAGGCGCAAGGACCUGCUGAGCCACCCAUACAAUCAAUUCAAUCGAUUCCAUCUAUGCAGGAACAAAUAUCUUCCAUGCGAGAAACAAUCCCUCUCUCGCAAACGAUCCCAUCUAUGCAAUCACCCAUGCAGGAAUCAAUGUCUUCCUUACCGCAAGCGACAUCGAUGCAACAAAUGGUUAAUGGUACAGGUUCGGGAAAUGGAACCAGACCGGAGGGGACGGAUAUGACGAGUGGUGAUGCUCCUUUUUUGAUCCCUCCGGAUACAUCUUGGGAUGGGACAGUCCAAACGGUUCACGAGGGAUUACAGGUGUUCACAUUGGGACAUUUGCUUCCGAGGAGUGCGCUUGAUGAUGCGAAUGGAAAUUGGACGUAUGACGGGAAUGGAUGUGCUGAUGAAGACGGUGUAGGUGGAAUUGGGGAUUGUGAAGGGGAGGGGUUCGAGAAAGAGGAAAGUCCAGGUGCUGAAGAAGUCGUGCGACCUACACCCACGAACCCCGGCGUCCGAGAAUCUUCAUCAGCGACUUCCGGAGCCACGACACCUUCGACUGGCGGUGGACAGAAACUACGAGUCAGGAGGUCAACGUUCGUCCCAGGAUGGGCAGUCCCACCACGCGUACUUCUAGUGGACGACGACGCGGUGAGCAGGAGACUGAGCAGCAAGUUUUUGCAGGUAUUCGGGUGCGCGAUUGACGUGGCAGUGGAUGGAGUGGGAGCGGUGAAUAAGAUGAACUUGGAAAAGUAUGAUUUAGUGCUGAUGGACAUUGUAAUGCCCAAGAUGGACGGUAUAUCGGCCACAUCGUUGAUCCGCCAAUUUGAUCACGUUACACCUAUCAUCUCAAUGACAAGUAAUUCGCGUCCGAGCGAGAUCAUGACGUAUUAUUCGUCAGGCAUGAACGAUGUGUUACCGAAACCGUUCACCAAGGAAGGGUUGUUGGAUAUGUUGGAGAAGCACCUCAUGCAUCUCAAGGUCAUCCAGGAGAUGUCGAGGGUCCCGAGAAUAGCAUGUGCUCCGCGCCUCUCGACAGAUAAUUCGUUAACGGAUGCGCUCGGUGCAGAUGGCAACGGAAACGGUCCGUUGUUCAUUGGUGGGGUUGGGACCGACAUGCGGAUUGAUCCGCUUGCUGGGAUGGGGCUGACUGAGGAACGAUAUCAAGCGAUCCUCAAAGACCUCGUGAACGGUGAUAAUUUAGGUGUGCCGGAGGGUGAAGGGAUGAGUGGUGGUAUGGGUAUGGGCGAGAAGAGGGGUUUAGAAGAGGAGCAGGAUGGAAUAAGGGAGGUGAAGAGGGGACGGUUUGAAGUACUGGAUUGA